AUGAGCUCCUCCCGGCUAAACAACAGAUCUGAGAGCCACUUUCGAGCCCAGGAGGAGCACGAGCUAGAAACCCUGGGGAAGAAAGCGUGGGACAAUCCUGUUUACAAUGGCUCCCCCUCUGCCUCUCUGAAGAUCCGAGCCAUCUACAACCCCAAGGCCAUUCUGGAGAACCCCUACGAGAACAUUGAGAAGCUGGGGGACUCCCUUCCCUACCAAGAAGAGAGGAAAAAGGCGGAGGAUGUGAAGAAGAAACCCUUGCCCAAGUGCUGCUUCUGUUUCUUCAAAGGCAUCCGAGGCCUCUGGGGGACAACUCUGACUGAGAACACUGCUGAAGACCGAGAGCUGUAUGUAAAGACCACGCUGCGAGAGCUGCUGGUUUAUGUCAUCUUCUUGGUGGAUAUCUGCCUACUGACUUAUGGAAUGACCAGUACAAAUGCCUAUUACUACACCAAAGUGAUGUCCAACCUCUUCCUGCAAACCCCUUCGGACAGCGGGGUGUCCUUCCAGUCCAUCGGGAGCAUGGCUGAGUUCUGGGGGUAUACCCAAGGCCCAUUGCUGGAUAGCUUGUACUGGACCAAAUGGUACAACAAUGAGUCACUAGCUCACAACACCCAGUCCUACAUCUACUAUGAGAAUCUGCUGCUCGGUGUCCCACGUCUGCGCCAGCUGAAGGUGAAGAACAACUCGUGUGUGGUGCACGACAACUUUAAGGAGGACAUUUCAGGCUGCUAUGAUGUGUAUUCUGAGGACAAGGAGGAAAGAGUUCCCUUCGGGCUCAUCAAUGGAACUGCGUGGAGGUACCAUUCUGAGGAAGAACUGGGCGGCUCGUCCCACUGGGGCCGACUAACCAGCUAUAGCGGGGGAGGAUAUUACAUAGACCUCAAGCUGACCCGGGAGGAGAGUGCGGAAGCCCUGCGAGUCCUGAAGGAGAAGUUGUGGCUGGACCGGGGCACCCGGGUGAUCUUCAUUGACUUCUCUGUGUAUAACGCAAACAUCAACCUGUUCUGUGUGCUGAGGUUAGUAGUUGAAUUUCCAGCCACCGGUGGUGCAAUCCCUUCCUGGCAAAUCCGCACGGUGAAGCUCAUCCGAUAUGUCAGCACCUGGGACUUCUUCAUUGUGGCCUGUGAGAUCAUUUUCUGCGUCUUCAUCUUCUACUACGUGGUGGAGGAGAUUCUGGAGCUGCGUAUCCACAGGCUCCAGUACUUCACCAGUGUCUGGAACAUCCUGGAUGUGGUGGUCAUACUGCUGUCCAUCGUUGCCAUUGUGUUCCACAUCUUUCGCACCAUCGAGGUGAACAGGCUGAUGGGAGAGCUGUUGAGGCAUCCUGACAUCUAUGCAGACUUUGAGUUCCUGGCUUUCUGGCAGACCCAGUACAACAACAUGAACGCAGUCAACCUGUUCUUCGCCUGGAUUAAGAUAUUCAAGUACAUUAGCUUUAACAAAACAAUGACCCAGCUUUCCUCCACGCUGGCUCGCUGUGCCAAGGACAUCCUGGGUUUUGCCAUCAUGUUCUUCAUUGUGUUCUUUGCCUACGCCCAGUUGGGCUACCUUCUCUUUGGGACGCAAGUGGAAAACUUUAGCACCUUUAUUAAAUGCAUCUUCACCCAAUUUCGGAUCAUACUUGGCGACUUUGACUACAAUGCCAUCGACAAUGCCAACAGGGUGCUGGGGCCCAUUUACUUCGUCACCUACGUCUUCUUCGUUUUCUUUGUGCUGCUGAACAUGUUCCUGGCCAUCAUCAACGACACCUACUCAGAAGUCAAGGAGGAGCUUUCAAACCAGAAGAACGAGCUGCAGCUCUCAGACAUCCUGAAGCAGGGCUACCACAAGACGCUGAUGAGGCUGAAGUUGAAGAAAGAGCGGAUUUCGGACGUUCAGAAGGCUCUCCAGAACGGGACAAAGGAGCUAGAGUUUGAGGAUUUUAAGAACAGUUUGAAAGAGCUGGGUCAUGCCGAGCAUGAGAUCACAGCAGCCUUUUCCAGAUUUGACAAAGACGGUAACCAGGUCCUUGAUGAAGAGGAACAGAAGCGAAUGAGGCAUGACCUAGAGGAGAAAAGGGUUGCUUUGAAUGCAGAGAUUGAAAACUUGGGAAAAUCCUACGGUGAUAACAACCUGGAUGAGAAUCUGACCCUUGCGGAUGCAAAGAACAAUCACGCCAAUAAGUCCACCUGGGUGUCUGAGGAAGAAUUCCAAAUCCUCCUGCGACGGGUCCUGCAGCUGGAGCACUCGAUCGGCAGCAUCGUGUCCAAGAUCGACUCAGUGGUGAGCAAGCUGGAGGUGCUGGAGAGAAACAAACUGCAGAGGAAAGACCUGGUGGGCAAGCUGCUCGACAACAUCAGCAAGGAGGAACAGCCCAGGCAGGAAGAACUGCUCCAGCGGAACCUAGACCCGCUGGUGAAGGAAAACCAAGAAGGCUGGGAGACAAAGCACAUGCUGGGAAGCAACCUUAGUGGGAGCUCUCCCCAAAAUGGUAACAGCAUCUACCCCAACCUGCCCAAGUCGGGGUUACCGGGCUCUCAGGUGCCCAAGAACACCCGGCCUCAGUCUAACGUGCACUUCUGACACCCAUCGGAAUGCUCCCAUCCCACCUUGGAUCCCAAGGUACUAAGUCAGUCUCAGCUGAUUCCCUGUUAGACUAGCCACGAAAAAGACACACUAUAACAGAGAUGUCUGUCUCAGCUGAUCCCGUGCAGAAUCAUGGAUGUUAUUGUUUUUUAUUUGCCAAGUUGUGUAACACCAUAGAUCUAGAACUCCAGGUUCAAACACCUCUGGGCUUCAAGGAAGUGUUCAGACCUGGAUCCAGACUGUGCUGCUGGCUCCUAUAUCUCUAAAUGGGUUGAACUUGUCCUGUCCCCAACCUCCAUCUCCCCAAGAUCUGAACACCCCAGAGCACUGAGGAAAAUUUGGAUCCAGAGUGGAUCUUUGCAAAGAGAAACGUGCUAAUUAACCUCAGGCCCACCAACAGCAAUCCCAGGCCCCAGAGCAGAACAGUCAUUGGGCCCCCUAGAAAGGUCCACCUGACAUUUGGGCGGUGCUGUGCCUGCACUGGCUGUUGCCCAGCGAGCUGCUGGGCACACUCUUCUGGCACGGCCAGGGCUUCUACAUGUCUGCCUGGCUGCCUUCGCUGCCGCCGGUACCACCCCACACGUGCCUAGGAGCCCUGUGGCCGCCUGGGCAAUUUUAAAGGGGCCCAGGGCUCCUGGCCAUGGCUAUUGCAGUAGUGGCGGCGGUCAGGGGCCUCAGUGCCCUUUUAAAUUGCCCGGGGCCCUGGGCAGUUGCCGCCUUUGCUUCUCCCGUCCCCUUCCCCCCCCCCAUCUGUGGGCCUUGUUAACCUUGCUCAUCACUUCUACUUUUCCUCUGUACCUCACGGUGAUAGCCAUGCCUUCACCCCCUCACUCAGCAGGCACAGAGCUGAGCUGAGAGGUGUCUGGCUGAAGUAAGGAGGAGCUCUGAGCAUAGGAGGACAUUGGUUGUGUUUCUGAAGGCAGCGCUGAAAGUGGGCAUGGUGGGAGGAUUGCAGGGGUUGCACACAGUCAAGCAGGGUCGCUGAGGGGCACCUUUACGCAAUUUCUUACCAAAGCUGCUGUUCCCAGAAUCUGACAACUCCCCCCUGUUUUUUUCAGAUCACUUUAAGCACCAGCUGAAAGAGACCUAUGGCUGGGCCAUUAGCAUGGUUUCCAACUCCCCUGUUAACGCUAGAAUUCCCACCGUUUCCCAAAAUUGCAGAUUGUGAAAUUUCAGGGCACCAGCCAUCUAGCUGUGAAAUGAUGACAUUUCCCCUGGGUUUUGCCAUGGAAACAGUUUUGCUUGAAGUUGGGCUGAGAAUGGCCAUGCAGUGGAAAUGUGGCGAUGACAGACCCAUUGACAGCAUCUGGGUGCAGUGUGAAAAUGCUCCUAGUCUGAGCAUUUUACACAUGUCUUGAGACUAUUUUACACCCUUUCCCCUCACAUCCCUUCGGAGCUGAUGCCACCAACUAUUGAUGCUGGGCCAGAUUCUCAGCUGGUGUGAAGUGGCAGUGAACUCAAUGGGGAUAUGCUCAUUUACACCAAUUGAGAAUCCAGCUGUUCCUACAUUUCAGAUUAUCCAUUUCAUUAUUUUGUAUGUUUCUGGUCACAGCAGUAAACUCUGACACCAGCAAUUAAAUAGCUUUGAUAAGUAACAUUGCAGGAGAUUGUUCAAUGAAAUUAGCCAGUAUGAGAUUUUAGAUUUCAGUUAUGUUAACUUACAUUUUAUAUAGUAACUUUCAUCCCAAAGUUCCCUACUGAUUUGUUUACCUAUAUGCAGUAUAAAGAAAUCACUUCACCCACCACUGAAAUGCACCUCUAGUGUGGAAGAUGGCAGUUGCUUAGUAGCAGUACUAUACAAAAGUUCAGUACAGGAAUAAAGGGAUUUUAAAUAUGAUAAUCACAAACGCACCACAAAGGGGUAAACUGUAUUAAACUCAAAUGUCCUCUUCAAUCUGUGUGUAAAAAUGGUCUCUGAUGUAUUUGGGUGUUGUUAGACCAUGGUUACCCAUUCACUGCAGGCUGUAAUAUUUAUCACAUUCUGAAGUUAUUCUUCACUUAUUAAAAUGCAAAGGGCCCAUGUCAGGGAAUUAGAACUUCCCAGGAUGAGAAAUGUAACAGAGAUCCUCUGUAAACUCUAAUCACACAAUGAUACACGUGCCUCUUUCAAACAGCAGCUCUAAUAACAAAAGCAGCAUCCGAAAUGUUUGAGAACAAGAACACAGAGCUUUGGCAAGCCCACAGAGGUCCAGCUGGAGUGAUGUGUGCACAGCAGCAGAUCCUGCUGACUUUUGUAAAUACAUGUUUUACAGCUGUGUUUCAUUGCGUGAAGGCUUAAUUGUAACAAAAAUGGUUCUAUUUUUUAAAAGAUCUUUUUCGGCUGCCUGUCAUCUCUUGAGUUUAGCCCCUGAACUGAUUUUCCUACAUGCAAUUCAAGUAUGUGUGGGGCAGCAUUUGCUGCCAGAGCUGGGGAGAUAUCCCAAACACCUGAAGUCAAGCAGUCCAUUUUGAGGCCCUGAUCUUGCCCCAAUGAGAGUUAUGUCAUCGGCUUCUGUGAGAGCAGGACUCGGCCCCAAGCAGGGGAAAUGGAGGAUCCUGAACUCAGCUCUUGCAGGAACGUGAGGGAAGAACAGAUUUUCCAAGGUCUUUUUCUGUAAAGUUGUUUGUUUCUCAUUCUGGGUUUAUACAUUUCUUGUUCUCCUUGGUGUGUGUUUGAAUGCUUUUCCAUUCACCUUCCAGGACGGUUUAAUUCAGAUGCAUUAGGAUGGGAAUUCAUUGCAGGGGAAAUUCACCCAGCAGGGAUGGAGAAGACCUCUCAGUGCAGCAAAGCAGCCAUGGCUCCACUGCACUGGGGGGGUUGGGGAGAGGGACUCUACACUCACCCCGUGGUAGAGCUGGCUCCACAUCAGCUGCCACAGAGUGAGGGGUUGGGAGCAGGAUCAUGGCAUGGCCAGCGGAUCCAAAAUUUCACAGGUCACUGGUCCCAAAUCCCAGGCUCAGGAUGUGUGUGGGAAUCCUGGCUCCUAUUUCAACCCAGGAGUGGAGGCAUGACCCCAGCGGAGCUGCAAGGGUUCCCAGUGUCCCACCUGUAGACUGGAAGGUGGAUUCCUUUUUCCCUUCACCCCUGUGUAACUCGUAGCAGAAAGGCUGCUUCUCUGGCCUUGAGCUGUGGUUCUGGGUGUGUGAAUUUCACCCACGAUGUAAAGCAAUUCCUGUAGCUAGUGUGUCUGCACCAAUGCUUUAUCUGUUCCCUGUAUGACUCCAUGCAAUCGUCUCUUGUAUGUGCCUUUGCUGAACAUGUAAUCAUGUAUGUGACACGUAUGAUAAACAUCUCUCAAAGAUGAUCGUGUCCUAGGCUAUUGCGCAUCCCCUGAACUCCAGUGUCCUUCCCAGCACCUGUUUGUGUUUGAUGUGUAGACUGUAUCUGCUGACCAGCUAAGAAAUAACAUAA